AUGGGGUCCACGCACGGAGACAGAGCGAGACUUCUCCACGUAGACCUGGAACUGCUGGUGCGAGAGCAGCGCCAUCUAUACGCCUUCAUGCAACACGUCAAGUCUACCAGCCAACUGCAGCUCCUACAGUUUUAUAAGGACAUCAAACUGUUUCAAACCAAGCUGCUAGAUCCAAACUUAAAGCCGAACGAAGAAGAGCAAGCAACAUUAUUCCGCGAAGCGACGGAGCUACUUGCCCGUCGCGGUAACACGAGAGUUAUACAUAAUGGAGACCUUAAGAGAUUACAAACGUGCCCUGAAAUCUUCACGGCAGCGAAUGAGGUGCAAGCCGUGCUUGAAAAUGUGUUGUUGCCCCGGUUUUUACACAGCGAAGAGUAUUAUAAAAUAUUGAUUGGAUCAAGAAUACCCACAGGCUACCAAAAACAAAACAAGAGGACACCGCCAGUCCGCGCUAAAGGCCCACCCCGCGCGCCCGCCACCGGCCUGAUCUUAGAACACUGCGGCAACGAAGACGGCGACGACGGAGCCCUACUGGCGUGUCUAGAACACCUCGCCGACGAGCUGGAUGAUGACCUUGUCACCUACAAAGUCGUAUUGACCAGCGUCGACAUCAGAAUGCAAGCGCCUCCCCGCACGGGCACGGUGCGCGUGUUCACGCUGUGUGUGUAUUGCGUGGAGCGCGGCGCCGAGCCCCGCGCCUGGAGCGUGGAGCGCAGCGAGCACGACUUCCAUCUGCUGCGGAGCAAGCUGCAGGAGUUCCACGGCGAGCGCCUGCUGCAGGAGCUGCCGCUACCCUCCAGGAGGUAUCUACAACUGUCUAUGUUCACGCUGUGCGUGUACUGCGUGGAGCGCGGCGCCGAGCCCCGCGCCUGGAGCGUGGAGCGCAGCGAGCACGACUUCCAUCUGCUGCGGAGCAAGCUGCAGGAGUUCCACGGCGAGCGCCUGCUGCAGGACCUGCCGCUACCCUCCAGGAGGUAA